AUGGCUGCUGUUUCGAUCUCCACACAUUGGGAAAAUGGAAUACCGACCCCGGUAGCCAUCUAUUCCUCCACAGACACGAAUUCUGAGUCCGAACAGUCGGCCACGUAUUUCGGUGAAUCAGAGACCUCAACGUCUACUAGCGACACCUGGUCGCCACCAACAACAUCAACAACCUCGGAGUCGGUGGCUACAGCGACUAUUAUCUCGACUCCGACGUUAUCAUCCACGACAGAAACCAGCUCCAGUACAUCAUCCGCAACCACAAAGGCCACCUCAACAUCAGGGCCUGGCAGCUAUUCGGGCAGCGGGGAGUCGACCAAGACUAAGCUGGCCAUCGCACUCCCGAUCUCUAUUGUUGGUGUCCUAGCUAUUAUCGCCUUUGUUGUAUUCUUCCUGCGGCGGCGAAAGCGCCGCAAUGCAGCCCCCGAGUUCGCUAGUGCAAAUGGCCAGGCCACGGAUCGCUCAACAUCCCAGCUUAUGACUGCCGUGCCAAAUAUCACCACUCCAGAGCCUACAGCAGCAGCUUUGCCUCGACUCUCAUUUAUCGACGUUCCCCCCAUUCCCCACAGCCAGGAUAUCACACCUGGGUCCGCCUCCGCCAGAUCCGAUAUCGACCCGAACACUGAACUGGGAGUCGCUGUGGCGAUUCCAGGAGAUGAUCUCCGCGGUCCAAUGGAGCGGAAUCCACCAGACCAUGCCCGGUCUGAAUCGGCGGCUGGUGCAACAACUGGUGCUGGCGUUACGAGUGUGAGAUUGCCAUUCCAGAAUCGGACAAGCGAGGAUGAAGAUGAUGUCUCAAUCAUAUCGGGGAUGCUCGGACGAAGACAGGGCGAGGGCGACUUUGACGAUAUGUCUUCUGUUUCGUCGUUUGGGGAAGAAGAUUCUCGCACGAAUAAUCAUGGACAAUCGUUCAGAUGA